GCCUCCCCGACGGCGCCCACGUGCACAUCCACACCCCCUCUUCUCUCCCUGACAGUAUUCCAGAGACGCAUAUACGUAUCAAUGAUGUCCCCACUGCGUUUUGGGGCACCCUCACGCGUAAAGCUGCCCUUGUCCUGUCUGGUGUUGGCACACCACACGAGCCCACCGCGUCUCAUGUUCCCGCGUUUCCCGUGGUCGAGCUGAACGCCGCACCCCGUUCUCAGUCGAUCUCGAUCCCGGACACCUGGGCACUCGUCUAUGCCCUGCAUAUCCUUCUGCAUGAGCAAGAGACUAUUCCUGCUAUCCUCGGCCCUAGCAUCCGGAAUCAGGCCCAACUCACCGAGUACCUCCUCCGCUCCGGUCUCGCGCGCCGGGCCCAGCCGCGCGCCAAAGACUCAGAUGAGCAAGUCCUGUUCCUCAUGCGCGCCACAUUCUGGCAAGGGGCAGGCACAACUGGGUAUCACACCCGCGGCUGGAUCCCGCCCUCGCUGUCCUCGCCCUCGCUCAGCGACAGCGCCACCGGCAGCGGCACGCACGUGUACCCGCCCUUUCCCUUCGUGCCCUCCUUCACACGCACGGACACCGUCAUCGCGUCGCACCCCUUGCGCCCGACCAAGCCUGCACCGGGCGAGGUGAUGUACCGCAAGUGGUGCCCUGGGGUCGAGCCUGCGGGUGCUAUGCUCGAGUUCGCGCACUUUGAUCUUGGUUCUAGCGCGGAUGAGGAGACAGCGCAUUUCAGCGCGUUCCACAAGUGGCAUAACUAUCCGAGGGUUAUUAAGGGGUGGAAUGAGCAAGGGAGCAAGGAGCAUCAUCGCAGGUAUCUCGAGGGGCUGAAUAGUAAUCCCAAUGUGAUCCCGAUGAUCAUGAGCUGGGACGGGGAGGUGAUGGGGUAUGUCGAGUUUGUGUGGAUAAAGGAGAACCACACCGCACCGUACGUCCCCGGUGGUGCACGCGACUACGACCGGGGCAUUCACGUCCUCGUCGGUGAAAACAAGUUUCGCGGGUUUGCGCGCACCCAGGCCUGGCACCGUGCUGUAUUUCAUUAUUGCUUCCUCGCGGACUCACGCACAGAUCGCGUCAUCAGCGAGCCGAAGCUCGACAACUCGGCCAUGCUCAAGGUCGACCUCGACAGCGCGGUGCACUUUGAGAUGAUUUUCGACUUCCCAUAUAAGCGCUCGGUGCUCACGAGCCAGCCACGCGAGCGAUUCUUCCGUCUGGACAUGCUCUGAUCGCCACAGGCGUGUCCCAUUCUCGUCUAUCAAAAGGUAUCCAUAGCGCACGGCUUGACGUGUGCGCAUAUACAGACAGUGCCUAUCGUAACUAUUCAGCCCUAUUUAUCAAGAAACGCCGAUAUAGCCACGGAUUCGGGCACUAGCGACUGUACAAUGCAAUGUGUGAAUGAG